CCGGGACCGGCGGGAGGACCGGGACCGGCCGGAGGACCGGGAACAGGAGGACCGGGAGCGGGAGGAGGAGCAGCAGCGGGCGGGCCCGGCACCGAGGUGAUCCAGGUCACCAACGUCUCCCCGAGCGCCAGCUCGGACCAGAUGCGGACCCUGUUCGGUUUCCUGGGAAAGAUCGACGAACUGAGGCUCUUCCCGCCCGAUGAUUCACCACUGCCAGUCUCAUCACGUGUCUGUUUCGUUAAGUUCCAUGAUCCAGACUCCGCAGUUGUGGCUCAGCACCUGACAAACACUGUAUUCGUCGACAGAGCUUUGAUAGUCGUACCGUAUGCAGAAGGAGUUAUUCCUGAUGAGACUAAGGCUUUGUCUCUGUUGGCCCCGGCUAAUGCAGUGGCAGGUCUUCUGCCUGGUGGUGGACUCCUGCCGACUCCAAACCCACUAACUCAGAUUGGUGCUGUUCCUUUGGCUGCUUUGGGAGCUCCUGCCCUUGACCCUGCCCUUGCCGCUCUUGGACUUCCUGGAGCAAACCUGAACUCUCAGUCUCUUGCAGCAGAUCAACUACUAAAGCUUAUGAGUACAGUGGAUCCCAAGUUGAACCAUGUGGCUGCGGGUCUCGUUUCACCAAGUCUGAAAUCAGAUACCUCCAGCAAAGAAAUAGAGGAGGCAAUGAAAAGAGUCCGUGAAGCCCAGUCACUGAUUUCUGCUGCGAUAGAACCAGAUAAGAAAGAAGAGAAACGAAGGCAUUCAAGGUCAAGGUCACGCUCGAGGAGGAGGAGGACUCCAUCAUCAUCUCGACACAGGCGAUCAAGGAGCAGAUCCAGGAGGAGAUCGCAUUCUAAGUCCAGGAGCCGGCGGCGAUCUAAGAGUCCGCGGCGGCGAAGGUCUCAUUCCAGAGAGAGGGGGAGAAGGUCCCGGAGCACCUCCAAAACCAGAGAUAAAAAGAAAGAAGAAAAAGAAAAGAAACGUUCCAAAACUCCCCCAAAAAGCUACAGCACAGCCAGGCGAUCAAGAAGCGCAAGCAGAGAGAGGCGACGCAGAAGAAGCAGGAGUGGAACGAGGUCACCUAAAAAACCACGCUCUCCGAAAAGAAAGAUGUCCCGGUCACCAUCUCCGAGAAGGCAUAAAAAGGAAAAGAAGAAAGAUAAAGACAAAGAGAGGAGCAGAGAUGAGCGGGAGAGAUCAACAAGCAAGAAGAAGAAGAGCAAAGACAAAGAGAAGGACCGGGAGCGAAAAUCGGAGAGCGACAAGGACGUAAAAGUUACUCGGGAUUACGAUGAAGAAGAACAGGGCUACGACAGCGAAAAGGAGAGGAAAGAGGACAAGAGAGCUGCCGAAACGGCUUCCCCCAAGGCAAAGGAGUCUCCGGUGGAAAAGGGGAGUGGCGACUCCCUGAGAGAAUCCAAAGUGAACGGAGAUGACCAUCACGAAGAAGACAUGGAUAUGAGUGAUUGAAAAGUUGCCUCGGAACGGGAGUCCAACUGUACCCAUGCAUCAGUGUCAUUCCUCUGUGUGAUUUCUUUAUGCUGUAUUUCUUAAAUCCUAAACCUAGAUGUAAACAGCUCUGAGCGCUGAGUGGUCGUCCAAGUCCCUGAUAUUAGUUGUUUCCACCCAAAGCUUUGAUAGGAAGUGACAGGCGGGUCACCACCCUCGUCCUGGCCCGAGCCGACGGCGGCGCCCCGGCGCUGCCUCAGCCCGGGCCCGCGGUGGCAGGCUGCAUGACUCUACAGCAGGCAUGGAUUGUUUUAUGUUGUAUGAUCUCCUUUAGUAAAUAAGCUCACUUAGUAUUUCUAGAGUUCGAUCAGUUGCCGUAAUAGAACCGUAUAGGGAAUGCACUGACUGCAUGUUCCUUGUGGCAGGGGUAUCCGUAAAUGUUACUAAAUCCUCCAGCAGGUGAUGGAUCGGCUUAAGGGUCUCAAGUGUGGUGACAUGACAAAUUAACCUAGUUUCACGCGGAGGUAAACAUUCUGAAGUAGGUAGAUAAUCUCCUUUAGCCUCUUCUGUGGGUUCUGUUUAGCUUUGGAAGGUUAAAGAUGCGCUAACCUCUUUUGGUAACGAAUCAGGCGGCUCCGUUUGGUUGCAGAUAUAACUGCCCCUGGAAGAUGGGCAGAAAAUCGGGAAGUAGAGUGACCCCUCUGCGUCGUCGGGAGCCGAAGUAUUUUUAUUUUUUAUUUCUGUGAUGCCGGUGCCCCCUGCCUUGGCAUCGAUGAAACCUGUCACCCCAGUGCUGGCUUUUUAAUGGUUGACCUUUCUCUCUCUGGUUCUUAAUUUGGGGGUUUUUUUGUUUUGGUUUCGUUUUGGUUUUUGGUUUCGUUUUGGUUUUGAGCUCAGUAAUGCAAAAAGGGGUAGUGCAUUUUAAAUUGACCUUGGUCUGCUUUUAAGAACAAGUCUUGAUAUAAUGUAAUUCUUCUUUGAUCUCAAGUUGUAUAAACUAAUGAAUUUGUGUUCCUGUCACCGCAGUAGUAAUCUUACGCCCACAGGAUUCCAUGUUAUGCAAAAGUAGUUAGGCAAAGCUGUUUUCUUAGUUUAAAAAAAAAAAAGUUUCGGAGCUUUUACUUUUGUGCAGGUAAAGACAAAAUUAGGCUACAGUCCGUGCCAUGUUGAUGUACAGUUUCUGAAAUUGUUUUACAAGACUUUGAUAAUAAAACCCUUAAACUUACGCUCCUGUUCCUGUAAAA